UACAGUGUUUGGGGGUCGAUAUGGUACCCGUGCUUUCAUGCCUUUUAUUAGUACGGAUUACCAAUUUUAAGAGUAACAACUUCCCAACGUUUCUAAGGUUUUAUGAUGCUUUACUGGAUUUUAAACAAUUUCUGACUGCACCUUGUCCGUAAUUUUUUACACGUGUAAAUGAUAACGGCUAUCGAAACGAUAAUGCUUAAUAUCAUAUAAAUGUAUCUGCGUUUAAAUGUGACGAUCUUCAAUUAAUUUAAUGCACACAGCCGAUAGUAUGUUUAUAGUUUAACACUAGGGGAAGGGUUUGUUAUGCAAAUAUUGAUGUAAUGAUUUGAAAGGAAAGUUACGGAACUAAGCUAUAAACUCAAUAUAUUGUCGGAAGCGUAACAUAUGUAACUUUGGCGUUGCGUGUGUAUUGGAGUGGUGCAUGUAAUAGCGAUAAUCGUGCAAUGGAUGUAAUUAAAGUAGAAUGUGAUCCUGACCUUGAGGCGCACACAGUGUCUUUGGAUUUUGAAGAUUUUGAGCAAGAUGUGAAAGAAGAGCCACUCGAUGUUCCAGUCAGCAUCUCUUCUGAAGAGACAGAGCAAAACAUAGAUGAAACGAAAGAGGAACAUCAUGCAGAUAGUGAAAUAUGUUCACUGUCUUCACCCAGUAAAGCUGACUGCAAAGAAAAGGAUGAUCCUUUCGGACAGUCCGCGGAGGGCACCAAUGAGGAAGACAAGAAGUUACAGCCAUGGCGCUUUGUAGCAAUCAAAGAAGAGGCAAGGGAUCAAGAGUCAAAUGAUGAAGAAACAGCGGAAGAACAUGAUAUAUGUCAGGACAGUGACACACUGGUAGGACAAGCAGACAAAGCUGAUGACGAGGAGAAACCUCAUAAAUGUACGGUUUGCAAUAAGAGAUACAGAAAAUUGCUUUACCUCAAGGAACAUAUGCGUAUCCACACAGGAGAUCGGCCAUUUAAAUGUGAUAUAUGCAAGAAGGAGUUUACCCAGUGCAGCCUUUUGAAGACGCAUAUGCGAGUGCACACUGGAGAGAAACCAUUCAAAUGUGAAGUAUGUAAUGCGCGGUUUGCACAACGCAGCAACCUCUGGAAACACUCUCGUACCCACUCGGGCGUAAAACCAUAUAAAUGUGAUGUGUGCAGUAAAGAAUUUGCAGGAAAUUGGCAACUUAAAUAUCAUUCUCGUAUUCACAGUGGGGUCAAACCGUACAAAUGUGGAAUAUGUAACAAGCAGUUCUCGCAUGGUAGUAAUUUGAGCCGACAUUCCAGCAUCCAUAGAACAGUAAGUUUGCAGCACUUCUCAAGUUAUGGAGAGGUGGUUCCUAGUGGAAUUAUUCCAACACAACAUGAAACUGAGAAUGAGUGCAGAAUUUGUGGUGGUGUAACCAGGAUCACCAGUGAAGCAGGAAUAAAAGCCUCCACUUGUACAAAGUGUGGACACGUGACAGAACACGUUGGAAGUAAAGCCAGUGAGAAUGAUGAUAAGUUUUCACAAAACAAAAUCCAUGUGUGUGGUGUAUGUGGUAACACAUUCAAGAACGCUCGCCACCUUAGGGAACAUUCCCGUAUCCACAAAGGACCGCGGCCCUUCAAAUGUGAAGUGUGUGGUAAGGAAUUCUAUCAGAGCGGAAGUCUGAAAACACACGCGCGGGUACACACUGGAGAAAAACCAUACAAGUGUGAUGUGUGUGGAAGACAAUUUGCCCAGAGCGGUCAACUCGCUUGUCAUGCACGCACUCACACUGGGGAGAAACCUUAUGAAUGUAUUGUCUGUAACCGACAGUUCGCACAGAAGGCACAGCUGCGGUCUCAUUAUCGUACACACACUGGCGAACGGCCAUAUGAAUGUGACGUUUGUGGCAAGAGAUUCACGUUGCCUGGAGUAUUGAAGUUUCACAUGCGCACACACACUGGAGAGAAACCUUAUAAGUGUGAUGUUUGCAGCAAAUACUUUACAACCAGUUGUGGUCUAAAGACUCACAUGCGUAUCCAUAGUAAAGAAAAACCCUUUAAAUGUGAUGUGUGUGGCAAACAGUUUGCACAAAGAGCACAACUUGUUUGCCAUUCACGCACUCACACAGGCGAGAAACCCUAUGAAUGUACCGUAUGUGGCAAAAGGUUCGCUCAAGUUGGGAUGCUCCGUGAUCAUGGCCGUAUCCACACAGGAGAAAAACCUUAUAAAUGUGAAAUAUGCAACCAUAGGUUCUCGCAACAUGCCAAUUUUAUAAGACACUCUCGUACCCACAGGGCCUUGGAUCAGUAGACUGAACUUUUACAUUAUAAUGACUUAUUACAUUUGGCAAGUCAGAAUCACUUGUGAUUCAUGAACACUGAUGAUACGUGACUUACAGUCGAGUUACCUUUUUGUGGAUAUUGUGUCUGAAACAGAUUUAGGAAAACGUUUGUUGUUACAGACUGGGCUCAGACUGUACUACAAAGUGAAGGAAUACUGGAACACGUGUACAAUUUAUGUACAUAUGGGCAGCAGUUGUCUUUCACGUCAGUCCUAACGGGCUGCAACUCUGACCCGAAGUUCCUUGUAAAAGGGAUUACAUGACAGGUCUAUGCCUCUUCAAGACUUGGUAUCGUUAUGUAGUUCCAGUACUCCAAAUUCCAAUGAUGUCACAUGAAACUGAAAAGAAACGUGGUAGGAGUCUGACUGGCAAAAAUUUGUGUAUUCCAGAAACAGGCAUAUGUUAGUAGAAGUAUAUUAUCAAACCCAUUAUUAAUAUUUGAAAUAUGUGUAUUAUCUGUAUCUAAUAUAUGGUAUUGUCUAAAAAGUCUCUUGAUAGGCAAAUCAUUUACAUUUGUAAACAGCAUAUUUUUUUAAUAAUAUUUUUUUUGUGGUGGGGUGAAAUGUGUCUAUGCAAUUUCAUCCACUAAUGGGCCCAUUGUCUGUCCCUCAGAUGAUACAUGAAUAAAAUGGUGUAUCAGUGGCAUGAUAAUAACAGGGAGAAACACAGGGACUUGUAGAAAAAGCUGUGCCAAUGCCACCUUGUCCACCACAAAUCCCACGUGGACUGCCCUGGGAGUGAACCCAGGUCUGUAGUGAGAAGAUGGCAACCAACUGCCUGUGCCAUGACAUGGCCUUCAACUUUAAUCGUACAUACAGCUUUAAAGUAAUUAAUCGUUUAGCCCCGAUCUUUUAGUACUUUAAACUAUAUGAAGAAAAUUGUAAUGUAUAACAGGAAUAAUAAUGUUGAUCUGUAGGUUAUUAAUUAUGCUUAGGCAGUUAAGAAUGGCAGCGUGAACCUGAAACUUGGUGUCCCGCAUUAUGGAGAAUAUUUGGAAUUGGUAAGGAUGAAAUGAAAGGAUACUGGGGAAAACUGAUCACAAUAAAAUGAUGUUGAAUGUAUUAAAAUGCUUAAAGUGUUUAGAAAAUAAUACAAGUCCUGAUUUAGAAAAUUAAAUUUCAGUGCCAAAUGUCGUGUGUGUGUGUGUGCAGUGGUAGGAUGCACAAAUGCGUAUCUCGGUCUAAAAUGUAGCUCAGUGGGUUUGCAUAGUUAUAAAUAUACAACCAAUACGAAAAUCACAUUGAAAUAUUUUAAAAAUAAGGCAACACAAAUUUACAAAAUGAAAACAUAGUUCUGGUAUGAUCUUUCUGCCUUCCGCAAAAUAUUUUUCCAUGUUAUGUCUGAAGUUAAAAUGAACAUAACAACAUAACUGUCAUCUAAAGCAGCUAACUGUUACAUAAAUGCAUUAAGUAACGCUCUCUGUUUUAAGUUUUCCCUUAAUAAACUUGAGAUUUAUUGGGGAUCCCCCCCCCCCCCCAAAAAAAAAAUUGGAAAUCCAUAGGGCUAAGGUCAGGAGACCUUGAUGCCUCCCCCCACAGCAGCACAUGAAUGCCACUUUCAAACUUCCAGGCAUCCUUCCAUAACAUGUCAUUUAAUUUUGUUAUGGACAUUCUUUAUAGCUUUGAACAAUAGCAUGAUCAGAGAAUAAUGAAUUGGAAAUGCUGUGGAAGGAAGCUUGACAUUUUUUCUACGCUGAGUAAAACCCCAAAAACCCUAAGAAUAGCAGUCUCCAGGCUGAAAUUUGAGCCCAAGAUCUAGUACCCUCAAAUGUGCUCAGAAAUACUAAUAAACUUGCAAGUUAUCAAUCCAUGAGAGAAAGAAUGAACGUACAGGAUAUUUAAUUUCACGCAAGAAAUUGCACUGCUUGAAAUGGGCUAACAAGACUUACAGCAUUCUAUGUAUGCAACUUGCCUCUUAUUUUCAAAUGUAGUUCGGCUUUAGUAAUUAAGUUUAAAGAGUAAAUGUUUAUAAUUAUUAAUUUGUUAUGUUUUACCCCAAAUUUCUUUAUCAUGUCGUGACAUGUUCAAUAUCCAGUGUUAAGAGAAAAAUAAAUUACAUGCUGUAUACAUUUAUUCCUGUCAUUGACAUGAUCGAAUAUGUAGUCUUGAAAUACAUGUAUUAAAAUAUGA